CUCGUACAACCACUUACUUUACAAUUCUUGAUACUGACCCUGCUCAGCUGUAGCCAUGACGACCAUGCUGCUGAGAGCGCUAGGAGCACUGCUCUGCUCCUUGGUUGUCACCGCUGAGGUUCUGCCCCAAGGAGACUUCAAUCUGCAGGGGGUUGCAGGAAAGUGGUACCUGAUUGGAUUUGCUACUAAUGCCCAGUGGUUUGUCAGCCACAGGGCCGGCAUGAAGAUGGGCACCGCCAUGCUGACACCAACUGUUGAAGGAGACCUGGACAUGGCAUAUGCUAGCCUGAACACUGAUGGCUCCUGCUGGAGAAUGAACCACCUGGCUGAGAAGACAAACCUUCCUGGGAAAUUCAUCUUCAAGAGCCAGCGCUGGAAUAAUGAAAAUGACAUGCGUGUCGUUGAUGUUAAGUAUGAUGAGUACGCACUCAUUCACACCAUCAAGACCAAGGGAGGUGUUUCAACUGUGCUCAACAAACUGUAUGCCCGCGGGACAGACUUGAGCCCUGACCUGCUACAGAAGUUUAAGCAGUUCUCCCUGGACACUGGCAUUCUGCCUGAGAACAUUGCUAUCCUCCCCAAAAACGAUGAGUGUCCCGCUGCGUAAUUUCAUCAAUACUCAUCACUUCCAAAGCGUCCUCCCUUGAUCCUUCUGCAUGGCUUUGCUACUUGAUGGGUAGGCAGACACAUGGCAACUGUGGCAACCAGGAACCACCUUUAGCUGCAGUGACCCAUCUGGUUCUGCCUUAACCUGCAGCUACGCUACAUUACCCACUGAAGCCUAGUUUUCCACUUCCCCGAUUUGUUCCAAUAAUAAAAUGCUUUCCGGUGCUUUAUCAGUUUGUCAGGCAUCCUACUCUUAUAUAUGAAGGUAUUUAAUACCUCUGAUCCUAAGUAAUAUAAGCUGCUUUAGAAGUCUGAAUUGAUCACAUGUAUGCCCUAAUGUAAACCCAGCUGUGAAAGAAACCUUGGUGUACCAUCAUUCUAUGGAAAAUGUUAUCCUACUCCUUGCAGUUAUUAGUUGACAAUUACAUACAGUGCCGUCAGAAAGUAUUCACAACCAUUUACUCUUUCCACAUUUUGUUGUGUUACAGCCUGAAUUUAAAAUUGAUUAAAUUGAGAUUUUGUGUCAAUGGCCUGUGGUGGAUAAAGGUACCCAAUUGUCAUUCAGAUCAGAGGAAAUAGGGAUGACCUGGGAUGUUCUCUUGAUAAGUGUGUGAAUUGGACCAUUUUC